AGUGAGCCUCUGUGUGUGUGUGUGUGUCCAUAUGACCACAGCAGAGCAUCAAGUGACACAACGCUGGAAAGCUUGUGCCGUGGGAGGGAGAAAAAGAGCGGGAGGGGUGAGAGAGAACCAGAGGGAUGGAGAGAGAUGAGAAAAGUGCAGCACUGAUAGAUCUGAUGGCAGAUGAAGAUGAAGCCAGCAGGUGCAUGAGAGAGAACUGGUGUAUUCCUCUCUCGUUUUGGGGAGAAAAGAAGAUCUGAGUGUGCAGAGAAAGGAAAGACGACAGUGAAGCGGAGCAGAGCAGCAGGAGGAUACGCACUUCUCCAAACUCAAGUGUCUCUUCGUGACUUUCUGUCCAUCACGAGCUCACUGAUGCUUUGAUUCAGUCAGAACUCACUGUUGGUUCACUAGAGAGACUCUUCUGAUCUGGAAUAUACGUGCUUUUACAAGGGGAAGAAUGAAAAAACAAGUGGAACGUAGGAUAUGAAUCUGAGAUGGACAAUGUGUGUGUGUGAGGUCGAGAUGGCAGAGCUCUGGAUCCCCAUCACGAGCUGCACAAGCGCUCAUCAAAUGCUCCAGUUUGGAUAACGCACCACAACGCCACAGCACACUUGCCCUGUCUUUGUGCGCACACACACACACAUACACACACACACACACUCUCUCUCUCUCAGAGGGCGAGGACCCCUUACAAAACGCAAGGGCCUGAGGAAGGGCUUCUACUUUGGAUUGGACUUGUCCCAGCAACACUACAACUGAACCACCCACCACCCUGGACUCGCACUACUACUAAUCCGCUCCAAAAGAGAGGGAACACCAGAUCGUAAAGAUAGGAAGGUGGAGUGCUAAAGAGAAUGAGCGUGGGUCGGAUCGGUCGCUACAGCAUCGUGUCGACGGAGGAGGAUGGUCUGCGCUUGACGACCAUGCACGGUGGAGGGAUGAAUGGAUACGGCAACGGCAAAAUCCACACUCUGCGGAAAUGUCGCAAACGUUUCGUGAAGAAAAACGGACAGUGCAAUGUGCAAUUCACCAACAUGGACGAGAAGUCCCAGCGCUACCUGGCGGACAUAUUCACCACUUGUGUGGACAUCCGCUGGCGCUACAUGCUACUUGUUUUCACGCUAGUCUUCGUGAUUUCUUGGUUAGUGUUCGGCUUGGCGUUUUGGGUCAUCGCGCUUCUUCACGGUGACUUGGACAAUCCGGCAGGGGACGAUAACUUCACGCCCUGCGUGCUGCAAGUAAACGGCUUCAUCGGGGCGUUCCUGUUCUCCAUCGAGACGCAAACGACCAUCGGUUACGGUUUCCGCUGCGUGACGGAAGAAUGUCCUCUUGCAGUGUUUCUCGUGGUCUUCCAGUCCAUCGUGGGCAGCAUCAUCGACUGCUUCAUGAUUGGGGCAAUCAUGGCCAAAAUGGCACGUCCCAAGAAGCGAGCGCAGACUCUACUGUUCUCGCAAAAUGCCAUCAUCGCAAUGCGUGACGGAAAACUGUGCUUGAUGUGGCGAGUGGGGAACUUGCGAAAGAGUCACAUCGUUGAGGCGCAUGUCCGAGCGCAGCUCAUCAAGCCGCGGGUUACGACCGAAGGCGAGUACAUCCCGCUCGACCAGCUGGACAUUAACGUCGGUUUCGACAAAGGACUCGACCGCAUCUUCCUCGUCUCGCCAAUCACCAUCCUGCAUCAAAUCGACCGGGAGAGCCCUCUGUUUGGCAUCAGCAAGCAGGACCUAGAAACGGCGGAUUUUGAGAUCGUGGUCAUCUUGGAGGGAAUGGUGGAGGCCACGGCGAUGACGGCGCAGGCGCGAAGCUCCUACCUGGCUAGCGAGAUCCUCUGGGGGCAUCGAUUCGAGCCAGUGCUGUUCGAGGAAAAGAACCAAUACAAGGUUGACUACUCACACUUCCACAAGACGUACGAGGUGCCGUCCACCCCGCGCUGCAGUGCCAAGGACAUGAUGGAAAACAAGUACCUGGUGGUGCCCAGCGCCAACUCCUUCUGCUACGAGAACGAGCUGGCGAUCCUGAGCCACGAAGAGGAGGAGGACAACAGUCUGGAGAGGAUAAAGCCAGAGCGAGCAAUGAGCCUCAGCCCAGAGAGAACCCCUCGACAUGAUUUCGAGCGACUGCAGAACCCUCGCUGCACGGAGCAAAGGUCAUACCGGAGGGAGUCGGAGAUAUGAACCUUAACUACGACCUUUUUGAUACUCAAUUUUGUGUCGCGUUCCGGAGAUACUGGAGCUUCUACAAUGCAGAACAAUGCAAAGUGCCAUAUGGAGAGAUUGAGCGCAUGAAUGAGCAGAAAACAAACGGGUGAAUGUGUGAAAGCUGGAGGGACGCUUGGCAGAACAUUCGAAGAAAGAGAAGGGCAGUAGGAAUCUUUUUAUCCUGCACGGAAAACUUGAAUCUUUUCCUCAUUUUGUUUCACGGAAAUAAUUUAGCUGUUAAACUCUUCAUUCUUAAAGGGACAGUUCACCCAAAAAUGUAUAUUGUCAUCACUUACUCGCCCUCAUGUCGUUCCAAAACUGUAUGACUUACUUUCUUCUGUGGAUAUAUAUAUAUAUAUUAUUUUUUA